UUCCGGAAAUCUCUACAGCAAACAUGGCUGCUCCCCAGCAGCAAGCUUCUGCGGCUUCCUCAGGUGCAGGGGUGGCGGGCCCAGGUUCAGCUGGUGGCCCGGGGCCCCAGCAGCCGCAGCCGCCAACGCAACUGGUGGGACCGGCCCAGAGCGGGCUCCUGCAGCAACAGCAGCAGGACUUCGAUCCUGUGCAGCGGUAUAAGAUGCUCAUCCCGCAGCUGAAGGAGAGUCUACAGACCUUGAUGAAGGUUGCAGCCCAGAACUUGAUUCAGAACACCAACAUUGACAAUGGACAAGAGAGCAGCGACGGACCCAUACAGCGCUUUGACAAGUCUCUGGAAGAGUUCUAUGCACUAUGUGACCAGCUGGAACUCUGCCUGCGCCUGGCACAUGAGUGCCUUUCACAGAGCUGUGACAGUGCCAAGCACUCUCCGACGCUGGUGCCCACAGCCACCAAGCCUGAUGCUGUGCAGCCGGACAGCCUGCCUUACCCGCAGUACCUGGCAGUCAUCAAAGCUCAGAUCGCCUGUGCCAAGGACAUUCACACUGCCCUGCUGGACUGUGCCAACAAGGUCACGGGCAAAACGCCUGCACCCCCUCCUGGACCUGGGGGCCCCAUCUGAGGUCUAGGGUGAGCAGUAAGGCUGC